AUGCGCUUUUACGCGCUCUGCAUUGCUUCCGGAUCUGAGCUUUUGGGCUUUGCGCUGCAUGGUGCUGCGAUUUUGUCUGGAUCCUGGGUUUCAGUUGAUCUAACAGAAGACUCAGAAGACUUUUAUCUGGAGGCAGGAAUAUGGGGUUAUUGCCGAACAGAUGUUUCAAAAGGAAAUGUCUACUGCGCAGAUUUCAAUUCCUUGUCUCACAACAGAAACAGCCGUCUUGGGUCAAUGAUUUAUCAUUCCGUCGAAAUGAGCUCGGAAACCCUUCUCAUCCUCAAAACGACCAGCAUUCUUUCCUUCAUCAUCUCCAUCUUUUCCAUUCUCGCCGCCUACAUGGGCAACAAAUACUCUCAAAAAUGCGAAGAAAGCAAAAAGUCCAAAGAAAUUCUUCCUGCUAUUAUUUGGCUGAGUGGUGCUCUGAUUGGUUUUGGAAUCAGUUUGUUGUUGCUGUUUUCUUGCCUGCUGGUUUAUGUCAGUUCUUAUGGAAGUUUGAGAUACGAUUACUUAGAUUAUGAUGAGCUUCAAUAUAAGUGGAGUCGAGGAGUCAUCUACAUUUCCGUCACCCUCGUUUUAAAAAUCAUCACAAUCAUCAUCCUACAUUUUCUUGGAUUUCUCACGAUUUCUUCCUUGUCAAAACAGACCCAAGCUGCGCCGAUUCCGUCGAUAGAAACGAGCGAAAAACAAGAUGACCUUCAGAGCAGCGAGUUCAUGAUCAAACAGGGGCGAAGUCCAAGUGUUUUCUCCGUCGAUACUCAUGAAGGAAGACAGCAAGUGAGAAACAGCCCGUAUAUGAGGCAUUUGAUGAAAGGGCAGAAAAAUGGAGCGCCGGGAAUGGCCUAUCAAAUGGAACCAAGGUAA